AACGUCCAAAUCCCUGUCAGCACCUGGCCAUCUCAUUCGCAUCAAAAGUCAAGAGCACCCCCAUUUUCAGAUUCUAAAUCCCCGAACUGCCCUUCUGCCUGAUUGCUUCGCCGGCGAUCUUCAAAGGCGAAUCCUCAGUUCUCGCCGGCGUCUGCGAUUACAUUCACGAACGUAUUUCUACUUCUCCGGGGAGUCUUUGCUUCCGAGCGGCCAUUCCCUCUCAAUGUUCAGUAAAUGCGUUUUCAUAACACCUUCCAUUGGAGCUGAGCUCUGAGAGCUCUGGCAAUGCCAUAUCUUCGCUCGAAUUUCUGCGUUGUAUUCGUAUCUCGGAGUAAUAGGAGUCUGGAAUCGUAGUUAUGAAGAUCAUGAACUCCAUUUUUGACCGGCGGCUGUUGGAGAUCUGAAGCUUUGGAGUGAUUGAGCUGAGGAUGAAGUCAAGUACUAGGCUUGAGUCGGUUGUCUUUCAGCUCACUCCUACCAGAACUAGGUGCGAUUUGAUUAUCAUUGCUAAUGAGAAAAAGGAAAAAAUAGCUUCUGGGCUGUUGGAUCCUUUUCUUGCUCACCUAAAAACAGCUCAGGACCAAGUUGCAAAGGCUGGCUAUUCGAUUGUGCUCGAACCAAAACCUCAGAGUGAUGCAUCAUGGUUUACAAAGGGCACAGUGGAAAGGUUUGUUCGCUUUGUGAGCACUCCAGAGAUAUUGGAACGGGUGCACACUAUAGAAUCAGAGAUUCUCCAGAUUGAAGAAGCAAUCACCAUACACAGGAAAAAUGAUAUUCAACACGGCAAUGUUGAACACCACCUGGAAAAAUCACCGGGAAUCUCAGAAGAUAACAAAUUGACAUCAGGUGUUAAUGAGGAAAAAGCUAUUGUACUUUACGAGCCUGGUGCACAUCAACAUGAAAAAAGCAAUUCAGCCUCACAGGGAGGAAAUUCGAGAGCACAACUUCUGAAAGUCCUUAAGACACGCAAAUCUGUGCUACAAAAGGAACAAGGAAUGGCCUUUGCUCGUGCUGUAGCUGCUGGUUUUGAUAUUGACUACAUGGUUCCUCUGCUAUCAUUUGCUGAUUGCUUUGGAGCCUCACGGUUGAGGGAUGCAAGCUUAAGAUUUAUGGAACUCUGGAAGAAAAAACAUGAGACUGGACAAUGGCUUGAAAUGGGUGCAGCAGAAGCAAUUGCCAGUCAAUCAGAUAUGUUUGUCAUGAAUGCAUCUGACUCAAACACUGAUCUGGCUUCAGAGGCUGAUGGGAAACUAAACACGGAUGGUACUGCAGGUGAAAGGCAGAGAACAGAUCAGCAGGUGCCCAGUGAUCAACAGCAAUUCUUUCAAAACAAGUUUUCUCAACCGAUGUUUCCUCCUUGGGCAGUGAAUCAUCCAGCCUCUGUCAUGCCUGUUCUCCAACCGUACUCAGUGCAUGGGGUACCCUAUUAUCAAACUUAUUCCGGAAAUGAUGCUUUUUAUCACCUACCUUACCUACCACCUAUGGAGGAUUCAAGCGCAGAUGUCGUGCAUAGAACUAGGCAAAAGGGGUGGUCUAUGGAUGGAAAAGACACUAAUUCUGAGGAAUCCCUGGAUGACUCGGACUUGGACAAUGAGGACCCACAGUAUCAUGAGCUUAGGAAGAAUUCAAGGCGAUCUAGAAAAAGGCAUUCAGGAAAAGUUGUCAUUCAAAACAUUAAUUAUAUUUCCAAAACAAAGAACUCAACUAAUAGUGACUCGGGAUCAGAUUCAGAUACUGAUAGCAAUGCAGAUGGUGAAGAUCUUCCGAAAAAUAUUUCUCAAUCAUCUAAAACAAAAAGUAGUCGUGGAAAGCAUUUGAGUAACCUUUCUUAUGAUAAAGAAGAAUAUGUCAUUAAUGAGAAGAUGGAAACAGACAGUGGGCAAUGGUUGGCUUUUCAAAAUCUUUUGUUCAGAGAGAAGGAUGACGGCAACCACAGUAUAAAAGAUCAUAUGUUAGCUGAGAAAGAAGGAAGAACGGCCAUGCCUAGAACUGCAAAUGAUGAAUUUAUUGUUAAUGGUCGAGUAACCGAUUUACACUUGAAUAACUCCUUGGAUCCACUAGUUGAGAAUGGAGGAAAUGCUACUAAUGAACUGCAGCAUACUUUCUCAAAUGGUAUUGCUGAUGAAUCUUUCCUAGUAACACUUAGAUCCAUGGCAUCAGAUGAUGCUGUACCAGACAAUAGAACUAUCAUUGAGCUAGCUUCUGAGCUUCCAGCAACACUAAGAAACACUGAAAUUAAUUCUCAUAGAGAAAGUAGUCUAUUUAAUUAUGAGCCAAAUGAUUUGGGUUUGGUUCUCGGUCAUGGAACACAAAAAUGCUCUGGUGGAUAUGACCCAUCCUGGGAUUCUGAAAUGCAAGUUUGUCUUAGAGGUAAUGAAUCUCAUGAGAAAGGCAAGAAGGAAGUCCUGAAUAAUAAUCUGAAAAAAGGACCUCAGAAACCAGAUGAUCGUAGGUCAAAAGCUACUGCCGGUUUAGACAAGAAAAGGGUCGGUGGACCUAUUAAGAAAGGAAACAUUUCAAAAAGUAGUCCUUUAGAUGAUGCACGAGUUCGAGCUGAGAGAAUUAGAUCCUUCAAAAGUGACAUCCAGAAGAUGAAAAAAGAGAAGGAAGAGGCUGACCUUAAACGCUUAGAAGCUUUGAAGUUGGAGAGACAAAAGAGAAUUGCAGCAAGAGGCAGCUCAAGCUCUACUCUUUCAGCUUCAUCUCAAACAAGAGGGUUGGCCACAAAAUUGUCUCCAAAUUCUGUUAAAGGAUCUAAAUUCAGUGAUGCAGAGCCAGGAUCAUCAUCACCUUUACAGAUAUCCAAAAGAAGAACUCCCAUCGGCUCCAAUGAUUCACAAAAAGCUUCUAAAUCCUCUAGAAGAAGUGAUGGUAAUCUGGCAAAUAAUCGGUUGACUAAAUCAGCAACAUCAUUGUCUGUGUCCAAUAAGGAAACUAGCAGUGUCACACCUGAUUCAAAAACAUCAAGGGCAAGACUCAGAAGAUUAUCUGAGCCCAAAACACUCAGCAGUGUAGCAUCAAAGCCAAGGGGGCGCAAUUCUGAAUUAGCAUCCAAGUCUAAGCUAAAUGAUGUCAAUGAAAGCAAGAAGAUAUCAGCUCUAAUGGACCUUGAUAAGAAGAAAGCUGCUACUCUUCCUGAACUGAAGAUAAGAACAUCCAAGGUUAAAGAUUCUGGACCUCCAUUCAUGAAAAGCCGAAAACUUUCACAGGAGAGUCAAGGAGAUGAAAUCAUCGUUGAGAAGACUGUUGUUAUGCUCGAGUGUGAAAAACAGUCUUUACCUUCGCCCAGUGGAUCCGUAAAAAAUUUGGUAAAGCACAAUCUACAAUCUGAUAAUGAUGAUAGGGGAGCGAAAAUUGCAGUGGUAUCUGACUAUGCUUUCAUAGACGCACCGCCUUCGCCCUUUGAAGGAUUUAUCAGGGGAACUAUUCCUGGCCGCCUUCUCGAACAACUGAAUUCUCAGGAGGUAGGAGCAAGUUCUGUUGAGGAGACACCCAAAUUUGCAAAUAUUGAUGGUGCUGGAAGGCCUUACUAUCAAGCCCCAUAUGCUCGGGUCUCCUCAUUAGAAGAACCCUGUACUGGAAAUUCGGCAUCCCCAGAACCUGAUAAAGUAAAUGUUGAUGACGUGAAGACUAUAACUGCAACAUAUAAUGUUCAAGAAGCUUCGGAGAAGACUCAAUCUAAGGAAACAUCGAAAGGAUUCAAACGACUCUUGAAAUUUGGGAAGAAGAACCAAUCACCUGUGGCAAGUGAUAAAAAUCUUGAACCAGACAGGAAGCGUAUUGUUGGUGUAAAUCAGGGGCAUACUGCAACAAGUACUGCUUCAUCAAAUGAAGUUUACACAUUGAAGAAUUUAAUAUCUCAAGAUGAAGUCCCAAACACUGGAAAUGCUGUUCAAAAGUCUCGCCAUUUUUCUCUGUUAUCUCCUUUCCGGAGCAAGACGGCUGAAAAGAAGCUGGCAUCUUAAAGAAAGAGCAUCUUCUGUUUCAAGUUUCAGACAUAAUUUAUGGUUAUUCGAUUUGGAAAUUUCCUCAUCACGCCCUUACCUAUUUGUAACAACUUGA